GGUGACAGGAAGCGUCUGUUGUUUGUCGCUGUUUGUUGGAGGGUUUAUUUGAGCAGCUGCUGAUGCUUGAAAACGCCUUUGACAAAACCUCUGUCUAAGGUUCAUCAACCAGCUUCAUUAACUACAGUUUACUGAUUGACUGGGAAGAACUGCAAAGGACACAGUUGGACAAGAGAAGUCCUCAAGAUCUCAAGAUGUCAUCUGGAAGUCUGGGUCAAGACAUUAACCAGGAGGAGCUGGAUUUUUCUGACCUGUUUCUAUAUAAUCCACCUGGAGAGGAUUUUCCUGCUGGCCAGGAUGAAGAUGACCCAGGUGCCAUCCUUCAGGCUGACCGCCAGCCUCCCCUGGUGGUGGUCGACCCUCACACUGCUUACAGCGCCACCUCCAGUCAGCCACCUUCUGGCCAAGAUGUGACCUCUCACAGCCACACCACAGAGACCCUGCCAGGCGCUGCGUUUGAUUCACGGCUGCUGACAUCAAGAGCAAGCAACAUCCCUGCUCCCAGCCCCAGGAUUGAGAUCACGCCGUCGGGUGACUCUCUCAGCUCUCAGACGAUCGAGUCCAGCCCUGGUUCCAAAGCUCUCGGGGCCUACAGGGACUGCGUCAGUCCUGCCAGCAGUAACUCUUCCACAGGCUGGCCGGUGGAGACGUACUCUCCGCUGGCGUCACCUUGCGCCUCCCCGUCUAACGGAGCAGGCUGCGGCGUAGGCUUGACUGCCUUGGACCUUUGCCCAGGCCUGCAGGCCAUACACACUUCUUCUGUGCACUCCUCACCGGGAGCCUCUCCCCGAAACAGCAUCACAGACGAGACGUAUCUCCAGCCACAACACCAACGAGCCGCCUCUCCACUUCCUCACCAGCGUUCCCGCUCAGCCUCACCGUGUGGGAAGCGCUCCCUCGACCAGGCCCAGUCAUGUCAGGGGGCCACUCCCGUCAAGCAGCGCUCCCGCAGCCCCAGCCCCAUCCCGUCACCUCACGAGCAUCAAGGCUCGUACUACCUUGACCAGUACCAGCCACAGACCACGUUUCAGCAACAGGCUCAGGCCUCAAACCCCGGCCUGGAGGAGGUGUUGAGCAGCCUGAGCUCCGAUCUGACCAGAAUUGUGCCUUCUGCAGUAGCGAGAGGGGCUCACAUGCAAGCCCAGACACAGGACUGUGUGUACAAUGAAGGAAACGCCUGGAUCGCCGAGCAGGAGAGGAUGGUUAGGGCUGCUGCUGAGGUUAAACCCGAGACAUUCUACAUGAUUCCAGCUGUGUGGCCUCCGGCCAAUUCAGUUCUUCAUUCUGCACAGACCUUCAGUGGCCUCGCUGUGGCUCCACUUCCUCUUUUAGAGUGGCCGUUACCCAGUCAGUCAGCCCAGUACGAGCUACUGAUCCAGCAGCAGCCAAGAUCCCACCAUAGAGCGCACUAUGAAACUGAAGGCAGCAGAGGAGCAGUCAAAACACCCAACGGAGGUCACCCAGAGAUUCAGCUCUGUGGGUACCAAGGCACAGCGCCACUGGGGCUCCAGGUCUUCAUUGGGACGGCUGACGAGAGGCUCCUGAAGCCUCAUGCUUUCUACCAGGUCCACCGCAUCACAGGGAAGACCGUCACAACACACAGCAUUGAGAGGAUGAUCAGCGGCACCAAGGUGUUGGAGAUCCCUCUGGAACCAAAGAACCACAUGAGAGUUGUGAUUGACUGCGUGGGGAUUUUGAAGCUGAGAAAUGCCGACAUCGAACUAAGGAACGGUGAGACGGACAUUGGACGGAAAAACACGCGCGUGCGCUUGGUGUUUCGUGUCCACAUCCCUCAGCCCGGAGGCCAGCUGGUGUCGCUUCAGGCAGCUUCUAACCCGAUUGAAUGCUCUCAGCGCUCGGCUCAGGAACUCCCUGCAGUCGAGAGGCAGAACCUGGACCAGUGCUCUGUACUUGGUGGUCAACAAAUGGUCCUGACAGGGCAGAAUUUCACAUCAGACUCCAAAGUGAUAUUCUCAGAGAAGACGCAAAAUGGGCAGCAAAUCUGGGAGGUGGAAGCUACAGUGGACAGAGACAAAACUCAAUCUAAUAUGCUGUUUAUUGAAGUCCCUCCGUAUAAAUACAGGACCAUUCGCCAACCGGUGAAAGUCAACUUCUACGUCAUCAAUGGAAAAAAGAAGCGCAGCCAGCCUCAGCACUUCACCUACACCCCUUUGAUAGCCAUUAAAGCAGAGCCACUGGACGACUAUCAGUUCAAUUCCUAUGGCUUCUCGGAGAACCGAGCUCUGUCUGACAUGUCCAUCAAGUCCCUGUACGAACACCACAGCCAGGACAACUUCGAAGCUUUGAAUGUGUCGCCGUACCAUCUAACUGCUGUGGACCCCCGAGCUCACGCCAUAAGCUCUGCUUCGCUGGAUGAGCAGCUGGUGUAUUACCAGUCCAGAGCAGGCACUCUGAUCAACAGCCCUGUGUUGUACCAUAGCCCCAACCAGCGCUACAACAACUGCAGUACUUCCCACCUCGAUGGACCCCCGAUUGGUUCCCACACAUCCACCUUUGGCCAGUGUGUAAGCGCUAAGAUGCCUCUGGCUGAACCUGGCAAAGGUCCAGAGGUUGAAGAUUCAUUUGACACUUACUUGGUGUCGAGACAUCUGGGGUAUGUGCAGACAGUCCAUCCACUGGGAAAGUCACCACCUUCAAGAUGUAUUCAAGGCCAGUCCCAAGGGAAGACGGAGGGCCAGGCUGAGCAGAGUGGGCGGCCUCUGAACCAGAUCAGCUCCGCCAGAGGACUCCACGAGAAACAUCCUCCAGAGAGGAUCACUGUCAAACAGGAGAACCUCAGCUAUGCCUACCUGGAGGAUGUGAAUGACAUCAUAAGAAGAGACAUGAAAAGCUACAAUGGGGAGUGACUCUGAAGCUCUACAGCUGCUUUGAAGACCACCACCAUGUGUUGAUACAAAAUCCAGAUUGAUUUGAUGACUUGAAGAAAGCUUCUUUUCUUAGGAAUUUGUGACAUUCAAAGCAAAUAACGGAAAGUGUUUCAUGAAAGAUAUAUAUUGAAUGUAAUCAAAUAUCAGUCAAGUUCACAAUGAAAAGUACAUUUUACUUCAGUGGGAUAGGUACCAUGGAUUUUCAAAUGUCACAUCCUGUCAUGUAAUAUGUAUCCAAUGUAUACUGUCUUAUUUCAGUGUGUUCAACUUCUGCUAAUACAAUUGUACACUUGCUCUUCAUAAGCUUGUAGAAAAUAUUUCAUAGCAAAUAAAGUCUUUUAUUUUAACCAGUA